GCCUCGUGUUUACGAGGGUGUGUGUGUGUGUGUGUGUGUGUGAAUCUCAACAGAAACGCGAGCGGACUCGAUUUGAAUCCUGGACUUGAUUUGUCAGAAACAUGCUAAUACAGUAUAACAUGACGAGAUAACCGGCGGCCCAGCUGGAUCUUCGGUGUCUCCUGGCUCCAGACAUGUCUGUGACGCGGCUCCUGACCCCUCCGCAGACCCUCGGCCCCGGGCCCCUGUGGCCCCCGCUGGACUUCAGCCUGGGUGCGCUGGCGUGCUGUGGGGCCUGUGUGUUCACCAACCCGCUGGAGGUGGUGAAGACGCGUCUGCAGCUGCAGGGCGAGCUGAGGGCCCGCGGCUCCUACCAGCGGCUGUACCGCGGGGUCCUGCAGGCGCUGUGGCUCGUGGGCCGCACCGACGGGGUCCGGGGCCUGCAGAAGGGGCUCACGGCGGCGCUGCUGUACCAGGGCCUGAUGAACGGCGUCCGGCUCGGGUUCUACUCCUACACGCAGGCCUCGGGACUCGCCGACGGCCCCGGGGGGAGUCUGAUCGCAGGGGCCGCGGCUGGAGCUCUGGGGGCCUUUGUCGCCUCGCCCGCGUAUCUGGUAAAAACACACCUGCAGGCGCAGACGGUGGCGGCCAUCGCUGUCGGUCACCAGCACAACCAUCAGAGCGUGUCGAGCGCGCUGCUGUCCAUCUACCGGCGCGAGGGUGUGACGGGUCUGUGGCGCGGGGUCAACGGGGCCGUGCCAAGGGUCACGGUGGGGUCAGCGGCUCAACUCUCCACGUUCAGCUCGGCUAAAGACUGGGUCACACGCGCGCAGUGGUUCAGUCCUCACAGCUGGCUCAUCGCGCUCAUCGCUGCCAUGAUUAGCGGAGUCGCCGUGUCCAUCACGAUGACCCCGUUUGACGUCAUCAGCACACGACUGUACAACCAACCAGUGGACGAGUUUAAGAGGGGCCGCCUGUACAGCGGGUUUGUGGACUGUCUGAUGAAGGUUUGCGCCGCUGAGGGGAUUGUGGGUCUGUAUAAGGGAAUGGUGCCGGUGUUUGUGCGUUUGGCUCCUCAUACGGUUCUCAGUAUGCUCAUAUGGGACGUCCUGAGGCAGCGAGCGCUGCUAUACACACACUGAAGAGAUUCCCCAUACUCCCACACUCACUCCACGCCGGACUCAAUGCAGUUGGGUUUACCUCACCAGUGUGUCUUAUUUCUAAAUAACUAAAAGACUCUUUGUGUUUUUAAAACGUGAUGAUUAAAGUUUCUACUGACAGAC